AUGUCAAAGAUCACCCUUAGGCCAUACCAACUGUCUGAUGUCGAUGAUUUUAUGCAAUGGGCUUGUAACUCAGAAGUGUUAAAAUACAUCCUAUUGCAAUUUUUGAUAAAAGUCAACUCUUCAAGGGAAGAAGUUGUAAGCUAUUUCAAACAAGUGGUCAUUAACCAUCCAUGGUACCAAGCCAUCUGCCUGGAUGGCCGAGCCAUUGGCUACGUCGUACUCGAAACACAAGCUGGUAAGUAUGGUAUUGAUAGGGGUAGAGCUGAAGUGUCCUAUGCUUUAGGCCGCGAAUAUUGGGGUCGAGGCAUCACCCCUAUUGCAUUGAGAAUGACUCUCUCUUCUGCUUUUCAUAAGUUUACUAAUCUUGUUAGGAUUGAAGCCUUUGUUCGUCUUGAAAACAAGGCGUCUGAGAAGGCACUCCAAAAGGUGGGAUUUUCCAAGGAAGGUGUCCUAAGACAGUAUGCUGUAUUAGCUGAUGGGGAGUGUUUAGAUAUUAGUAUGUAUAGUAUCUUAUCCACUGACCCAAUACUUAAUUGA